AUGAGAACACAUUCUACUUCAGGAACUUAUGAUUUGGCUAGAAAAGCUGAAAAAGAUACGCUUAACCUAUUAACAAAUGAUGAACAAGGAAUCGAUAACAUCACUAAAUCAAACGAAAAUCUUCCUGCUAAACGGGUGAUAAGAAUACCAUCUCGUCUACAGUCAACUUCUGAAGAGGAACAUUAUACAAAUAAACCAAAAGUCAUUAAAAAAAUAAAGAGCAAUCCGAAAGUAUAUACAGAUGAAACAAAAGUGAAUAAUAAAGUUGAAAAUGAUGUGUCUAGGUCGUUAGUGAAUAAUGAACAAAGACUAUUAGAUAUUACAAAUAAAAAGGAAUAUUAUUCCGCGAAAAACACACGUAAAAGAAAGGUUCGAUCCCGGAUUUCUUCAUCUUCUGAUGAAGAAUACAGUACAAAAAGAUUAAAAGAUAAUAAUCUUCACGAUGACCUUCAGAAACCAAAUUCUCCAUUAUCUGAUUUUAAUAUUCAAUCAGACAACGAAUUGCAACGUGAGGACAGUAAUCCGCUCAAUUAUGGAGAUUUUUUUGAUGAAGAAAUUGGAAGAGCUGCAUCUUCAGAAUCUAUUAUUAACAACAACAUUAAGCAGUCAGCAGUUAAGCCAGUAGUCCGAAGAAACGUUAAAACUAACAUACGCUUACCUGUAUUUUCAAGAGAAGACAUAAUCAUCAACACAAUAAAUAAUAUUUCUACUGAUAAUCAGCACCAUGAUGAGCAUCACACAAACUGUUGUCAAAGCAGAAAUUCAAUUAUUGGAGGUAAAGAUAUUCAUAAAAGUAUACGUCAAGUUUUAAGUCUUCAUUCAACCGACGUAUUUUGUGUCGAGUUAUCAUGGACAGGACAAAAAAGAACAAUCGGCGUCGGGAAAAUGAAAUUCAUUGAAAUAAUAACAGAGAGCUUGCGAGAGAAGUAUGGAGAUUGUACAGCAUACGAGAUUCAAACAAUAGUACAAUCAUGGCUUCAACAUGCCCGGGAUCGUCUAAAAAAAGCUAACGCAGGAGACUAA